CUUCCCCCUGAAGCUGUGCAGGCCUAGGAGCAACGCUGGGGCAGACGGCCGAGGCUCCCGGACCGCCGUGGCCCGCCUGGCUCUGAGAACCUCCUUGGCUCUGGCAUGGGGACCGUGUCCAUGCACAUCUUUCUGAACAUGAACCUCUGCCGGUUACUUCCCUGGAGCUGUGGAAGGAGUCAUGUGGCUGGAAAUUCUCCUUGCCUCGGUGGUGGGCUUCGUCAUCUACUGGUUCGUCUCCCGGGACAAGGAGGAAACAUUGCCAUUUGAAGAAGGGUGGUGGGGGCCUGGGGCGAGGCCCACAGCCCCAGAGGAUGAGAGCAUUCACCCUUUCAAGGUGGAAACAUCGGACGAGGAGAUCAAUGAUUUACACCGAAGGAUUGAGAAGGUUCGUUUAACCCCACCGUUGGAGGACAGCCGCUUCCACUAUGGUUUCAACUCCAACUAUCUGAAGAAAAUCCUCUCCUACUGGCAGACUGAAUUUGACUGGAGGAAGCAGGUGGAGGUUCUCAACAGGUACCCUCACUUCAAGACUAAGAUUGAAGGGCUGAACAUCCAUUUCAUCCAUGUGAAGCCCCCGCAGCUGCCUGCCGGCCGCACCCCAAAGCCCUUGCUGAUGGUGCAUGGCUGGCCUGGCUCCUUCUACGAGUUUUAUAACAUCAUCCCGCUCCUGACUGACCCCAAGACCCACGGCCUGAGCGACGAGCACGUCUUUGAAGUCAUCUGCCCUUCCAUUCCUGGCUAUGGCUUCUCAGAGGCAUCCUCCAAGAAGGGCUUGAACUCAGUGGCGACCGCUAGGAUCUUUUAUAAGCUGAUGCUGCGGCUGGGCUUCCAGGAAUUCUAUACUCAAGGUGGGGACUGGGGGUCCCUGAUCUGCACCAACAUGGCCCAGCUGGUGCCCAGCCACGUGAAAGGCCUGCACUUGAACAUGGCCUUCGUUUUAAGAAAUUUCUACCCCCUGACUCUUUUCUUGGGACCACGUUUCCGGAAGCUUUUUGGCUACACCGAGAGGGAUAUGGAGCUGAUGUACCCCCUGAAGAAGAUUUUCUUCAGCCUGAUAAGGGAGAGCGGCUACAUGCAUAUCCAGAGCACCAAGCCGGACACUGUGGGCUGUGCCCUUAAUGACUCCCCCGUGGGACUAGCUGCCUAUAUUCUAGAGAAGUUUUCCACCUGGACCAAUGCGGAGUUCCGGGACCUGGAGGACGGCGGCCUUGAGAGGAAGUUCUCCCUGGAUGACCUGCUGACCAUUAUCAUGAUCUACUGGACAACCGGCACCAUCACCUCCUCCCAGCGCUUCUACAAGGAGAACAUGGGACACCACUUUAUGGCCGACAAGCACCACCAGAUGAAGGUCCACGUGCCCAUGGGCUUCGCUGCCUUCCCUUGUGAGUUACUGCACGUCCCAGAGAAGUGGGUGAGGUUCAAGUACCCGAAACUCAUCUCCUACUCUUACAUGGCCCGUGGGGGCCACUUCGCUGCCUUUGAGGAGCCAAAGCUGCUUGCCCAGGACAUCUGCAAGUUCGUGGGGCUGGUGGAGCAGCAGUGACGCCCCAGAGGCAGCCCCUGGCCCCCGGUGGCAGGCUCCCCACCGACACCUGCCCUUUUUCCUGGAGCCCCUGGUCUCCCAGGGCUAGCUCCCCUCCAGGGAGGCGGCCUCUGUCUCCUCUUGUUGCAGAGCCCCUUUCUGAGGAAUGGGUUUACUUCUGUCCCCUACCAUCCCCGGACCCCCACGCUCACACCUCCACGCACACUCCCCCGCACACAUCAAGCAACAUGUUCUGACAAUAAAUAAUUUUACU